AGUUAAGUUAGCCAAAAUACACUACAAAAACUUAAGUACUUUACUUCCUCUGUUCACCUCCUCAAACCUCAAACUUCCACAUCUUCACUUUCACUUUCUCUCUUUCAAACCCCAAAUUCCUCCGACGCCGGAAAAUCAGACCCACCAUCUACGGUGACCCACCAAAAAAAAUUCAAUCUUUUUCCCAAACUUAUAAUAAAAAUCCAAUCUUUAUAAUGUUCAGAGACACAUCGAGCUGUAAUACUUACAACUAUGGCGAUGCUUUGUAUUGGGAUGCUCGUUAUAUCCAAGAAGGUGGGUCUUUUGAUUGGUACCAACGUUACUCUGCUCUUCGACCAUUUGUUCGAAACUAUUUUCCAACCUCUUCUCGAGUUCUCAUGGUUGGUUGUGGCAAUGCUGUUAUGUCCGAAGACAUGGUUAAGGACGGGUACGAAGACAUAAUGAACAUCGAUAUUUCAUCGGUCGCCAUUGAAAUGAUGAAAAGAAAACAUGUGAAUACUCCUCAGCUGAAAUAUAUGCAAAUGGAUGUUAGGGAUAUGAGCGUCUUCCCCGACGAAUCAUUCGAUGGUGUUCUUGAUAAAGGAACUCUGGAUUCUUUGAUGUGUGGCACCGACGCGCCGGUCAGUACUUCCCAAAUGCUAGGAGAAGUCAGUAGGCUUCUUAAACCAGGAGGUAUUUAUAUGUUGAUAACUUAUGGCGAUCCUAGAGUACGGAUGCCUCAUUUGAACAAACCGGUAUACAAUUGGAAAAUCAUGUUAUACAUUAUACCUAGACCUGGAUUCAAAAAGCGCGACGGUGAUAGUUCAUCAACACGGCCGAGUUUGGAACCUAUUCCCACAACCGAAAAUGGUUUACUCCCAACGGAUUUCAUCUUGGAAGAUCCAGAUUCUCACUUCAUAUACAUAUGUAAAAAAUUGGAUGAAACAGAGCUGAUUACCAAUGUCUUGUAGUAAUUUACUAUCGCGACAUGGCACCGACGAUCAUGUCCGAUGACGACGAUCUAAAGGUACAAAAACACAAAACAUAAUCAUUCAUGGAAUUACACUUCUUGAUUGUACAAUGAGGUGAUGAUUGAGAAGUAAUCAUUUAGCAUCCUUUGUGGUGUUUUGUAACAAAUAAAUGUUACCAUUUAGUAAUUGGAGUGUGUUAGCUUUAACUUAUAGAGUGAAAAAUAUAUAUAAGAAAAUAGCUAAGAAAAUUAAGGACUUUAUUUUUUUCUUCUUCUUAUUAAUUUUUUUGAUUUGGGACGUUUCUUUGGACAUGAGAAUAAUAAUGUUUCUUUCAUAUAAAUUUAUUUGAUGAGAUAUUUCAAUUGUUUGUGUG